GGCAAAACAAGCAAUUACAAUAAUUAGCGGGAAUCAUUUCCUGUGAAAACGAGCUCACGCGAGGAAUGUUAGGCAGCUAAAACGGGCCCAACAUAUAAACCGCAUUCCUCGCGUCCAUGUAGUUGUCGAGCUGCCCUGACAGCCUCCUGGGGAAAAGAACCCUCGCGGUGGACGAGCCAUCGUUAGAAGAAGAUGCAUUACCUUCAUACAGCCGCCUUCUUCGCACUGGGCAGUGCUUUACAUACACCAGGCCCUAGCUUUACAUUCAACGAAGUCUGGGCUCUGCAAAACAGUCUGUGGGAAAACUUCCUCUAUCCUGCAAACCUUGAGCAGAUCAAUGCAACAAAUACUUCAGUAUUUGCCGAAGAUGUGCAAGGCCGGGUCGAUAUCACACGGACGUUUGACGGCCGUGAGCUGAACAACGAAUACAUCUUCGGUCUCUUCUCAGACCCCCAGCAUCUCAGUCUGGUGGGCAUUCCGAUCGUAUACAAUAUCACCCAGUUCGCCGCGAACCGGAAUAUAGCGUCCGCGACGACGGUCUUCACAUUCAACGCCACAUCGUUCAACCUGCUCGUCCCCAUCACGAUCGACACCUGGCUGAUGUUCGACCCAGACGGCAAAAUCACUCAAUACGACGCGACCUUCCGCUGGUUUCCCAAGCUUUUCGAUGCGCUCGCCCAGGCUGCAGGGAAGCAGUUCAAUCUCACCGACCCGGCGCAGAUCCAGAGCCGGCUCGCCAGUUUACUCGCAGAUACCAUAUGCCAGACGCACGCAGACCGCUGCGUUGGCGAGAACCAGCAGUAUGCGAGCAAGGACGAGUGUAUCCGCUUCUUGACCACGCAGGUCCGGUUUGGCGGCCCCGACGAACUGGGCGGAAACACGCUGCUGUGUCGCGAGGUCCAUGAGCAUAUGGUGCAGUACCGACCUGCGGAGCACUGCCCCCAUAUUGGACCAACCGGGGGGAAUUAUUGCGUCGAUGAUAAGACGUAUGACGAGGUGGUGACCGAGCGGUAUUUCCGGGAGUCGUUCAUCCCUUACGGCUACGGUGAUAACAAUAUAUGGGUUGCGUCAGCUUGAUGUUUGUCCGGAUCAGAGACAAGACGGAAAAAGAGACUGCGAAGGUUGUGUGUGUUGAAAAAGCUGGAUAUAAUAUAACUAUAGAGAAUGAGACGAGAGUUCUCCUCCUGUAUACUCUGUACUCCGUACCUCUGUACUCUGUACCCAAUGCAAAAACUCUGUAGGCAUUUUCUCGA